AUGGCCGGAGGCAAGGGCAAGUCGUCUGGAGGCAAGAGCUCCGGCGGUAAGACGAGCGCCGACGGAGCCAACAAGAAGCAGCAGAGCCACUCUGCCCGAGCCGGUCUUCAGUUCCCCUGUGGCCGUGUCAAGCGUUUCCUCAAGCAAAACACCCAAAACAAGAUGCGUGUGGGCGCCAAAGCCGCAGUUUACGUCACCGCCGUUCUCGAGUAUUUGACUGCUGAGGUUCUGGAACUGGCAGGCAACGCAGCCAAGGAUCUCAAGGUCAAGCGCAUCACCCCUCGCCAUCUCCAGCUGGCCAUCCGAGGUGACGAAGAGCUCGAUACCCUCAUCCGCGCCACCAUCGCCUUUGGUGGUGUCUUGCCGCACAUCAACCGCGCCCUCCUGCUCAAGGUCGAGCAGAAGAAGAAGGCAAAGGCCCUGGAAGCCUAA